AUGAAGGCCCAAAAUUGUGUGUUCCUUUCUGCUCUGACAAUGGCAUGCCCAUUCUUGCGAGAUGUGGUGGAUGAAGAAGCACUUGUGCUGAGGAGAGCCUUCAGGCGAGAAAGGGUCUUCAGGGACCGGUUGGACCCACUGGCCUUCCCUGAUGACCAUCUAUAUGAAAGAUACAGGUUUUCUGCAGAUGGCAUCAGGUAUCUAUGCAGACUACUGGGUCCCAGGAUUAAGCACCGCACUGCACGGAGCCAUGCACUGAGUGUGGAGCAAAUGGUUUGUGUGGCCUUGCGCUUUUUUGCUAGUGGAGCCUUCCUGUACUCAGUGGGGGAUGCAGAACAGCUGAACAAGGCCACAAUUUGCCGCACAAUAAGGAGUGUGUGUCUGGCUAUCAAAGCAUUAGCAGAUGUCUUCAUCUCCUUCCCUGGCCACAGAAGACUCUGUGACAUGAAAGAGGAGUUCUAUAGGAUUGCAGGUUUCCCCAAUGUCAUUGGUGCAGUGGACUGCACACACAUAAGGAUAAAAGCCCCCUCAGGUGCCCAUGAGGCCGAUUUUGUGAAUAGGAAAUCCUUUCACAGCAUUAAUGUUCAGAUGGUCUGCAAUGCUGACUGUGUGAUCAGCAAUGUUGUGGCAAAAUGGCCUGGCUCAGUCCAUAACUCCAGAAUCUUUCAGGCCUCUGAAAUCUAUCAGUGCCUAUCACAAGGUGAAUUCUCUGGUGUGUUGCUGGGAGACAGGGGGUAUGGCUGCCAGCCUUUUCUCCUGACACCUUUCACAGACCCCCAGGAAGCACAGCAGGCCUACAACCAUGCCCAUGCCAGGACCAGGGCCAGAGUUGAAAUGACCUUUGGCCUCCUGAAGGCACGCUUUCACUGCCUUCACAAAUUAAGGGUCAACCCUGUUAGGGCAUGUGAUAUUACUGUGGCUUGUGCUGUCCUCCACAAUGUGGCCUGCCUGAGGAAGGAGAGGGCCCCCAGAGUGCCACCAGCCAUGGACUGGGACAAUCCGGCAAUCUUCCCUGAUGACGACAGUGGUCGGCUGCUGAGGGACCAAUAUGUGUUGAAUUAUUUUAGUUAGUAUGUGUGCUUUCAAUUUAGGUAAAAAAUGUCCUGCUGUGGCAGAGGAAAUAGGGUUUUUUUGGGUUGGUUUUUUUACGAAUUUGGCCUCUUAUGAUGUUUGUGCGGUAUACUGUGUGUAAUACAAGGCUGCAGGGAGGCUACUGCAUCCAUUUCCAUCCAUUUGUCUGUUCAGUUGAUGUGUAUGGAUUUGUCCUGCAUUUAUUUUAGUGUGCAGACAUGCAGGGUGUGUUAUAUACAGACCUUUGAAUGUGUAUGUAUCAUUUUGUAUAAUAUGCUUUGAUUCUGUGCUUUCCAUCUUGUAGAGUCACUGUGACUUCAGUUUCGAAAGGAGCUGAUAGUUUACCUGCUUUGUUUUGUCCUUAUUCAAUAAAGGAACAUAAUGUUACACAUUGUGUUUUUAUAUUCA